AUGGAACAGAAUAUCGAAAAAUUUAAAGAAAUAUUACAACAGAGGGGGAGCGAACCUGAAGUUGAUAUUCAGCAUGAGCAAGAAGAAUAUGGUAUCGAUCUGCAAUAUAAUAGUAUACCGACAUUAUGCUAUUAUGAGUACUUAACUGAAGGUGAAUCAGAUGCUCUGGAUGGCGGUGAAACAAGGGGUUCUUCACAUUUUAAUGAAAUCUAUGAUAAAGAUUGGCUUUUACUUCAAUGUGAAAUACAUGUUUCGGAAUAUGGGGAUAGAGAACUAUCAUUGACGCCCGAGGGAAUAUGUACUAACAUAUUCACAAUAUUGAGAUCGGAUAGAGAAGACGCUGACAUCGAAGCAUCACUAGUCGACCUUCUUGGAUUUGACAAUCUUGAAUUUGUACAAAAAUUAAUAGUGAACAGACAAACAAUAAUAACCAAUAUUUAUGCUCAAAUUGAUACUAUACAGCCAAACAAUCGGACUACAUCGCUAAACUCGGAAGAAAAAAAAUCCCAGCAUGCUCCACGAAUAGCACAGUCGGUAAUAGUACAUUCAGAAGCCGAGAAAAGGGAAAGCAAGUCAAUAAGAAAAGAACAGAGGAGGGCAAAAGCAAAAAACGGUGAAGAUGUGGAAUCAGCUUUAAUACUCGGUUUCAAUGGCGAAGAGCCCCAUAGGCAGCGUGAAGAAACUUCCCGGGGCGCUAAAGACGUAUAUAUGCCAGAAGAAGUUCAAUAUCCUCAUGUGUAUGGCGCAUCUCAACAAAGAAACAUCUUAUCGGUACUUGGUCAAAAGUUUGCAUUACCGAAUGGCACAAAGCGAGAUGAGCGUGAGUAUUACGAAGAAAUAACAGUGCCGAUGACGAAAACAGCAGCAACGAGGCCAGAUGAAAAUGUGAUCUACAUUAAAGAUCUUGACGAUUUAUGCAGAGGAUGUUUUCCUGAGUCCUAUAAAAGCUUAAACCGUGUUCAAUCACAAGUAUUCGAGACAGCUUACCAUACAAAUGAAAACAUGUUAAUUUGUGCACCGACCGGAGCCGGUAAAACUGAUAUCGCUUUACUUACCAUUCUUCGCACCAUCUCUAAUUAUUCCCAACCGAUACCCUCAAUCAUAUCCGAACAACCGAAGUUUUAUAUUGCUAAAAAUGAAUUCAAAAUUAUUUAUAUCGCGCCGAUGAAAGCGUUAGCUGCUGAAGUGGUUAGAAAGUUUCAGAGCCGACUAGAUUGGUUAGGGAUCCAAGUUAAAGAGCUGACUGGUGAUAUGCAAUUGACGAGGCACGAAAUAACAUCUACACAAAUCCUAGUCACUACACCUGAAAAAUGGGAUGUCGUUACUAGGAAGAGUACAGGAGACGUUGAACUGGUGCAGAAAGUGAAGUUGCUAAUCAUUGAUGAAGUUCAUCUUUUACACGACGAUCGAGGCUCUGUGCUCGAGUCCGUUGUGGCACGUACACUUCGACAGGUUGAAUCUACUCAGAAACUGAUUCGUAUCAUUGGACUAUCCGCUACAUUGCCAAACUAUGUAGAUGUGGCCCAUUUCCUAAGAGUUAAUCCACACGUUGGAAUGUUUUAUUUUGGAGGUGGAUACAGACCAGUGCCCUUAGAGCAACACUUUAUUGGUGUAAAGGAAAAAUCUGGAACCGCUGCGUCUUCUAGGAAUUUAAAUAGAGCCUGCUGGGACAAGGUGUCUGAGUUGAUACGUGAAGGACGUCAAGUUAUGGUGUUUGUACAUUCCCGGAAAGAUACUGUUAAAACUGCAAAUUCUAUUCGAGAAUUUGCUAUAUCCGAGGGCGUAUCCGAUAUGUUGGAGCCUGUUCAGAAUAAUUAUUUCAGCUUCGCGGAUCGUGAAGUCUCCAAGUCGAAAAAUAAGGAAUUGAAAGAAUUGUUUGGUUCUGGCAUCGGUAUCCAUCACGCUGGGAUGUUGAGAUCAGACCGUGGACUUGUGGAAAAACUGUUUGAAAAGGAAGUACUAAAGAUCUUGUGCUGCACAUCCACUCUCGCUUGGGGAGUUAAUUUGCCAGCAUAUGCAGUUAUAAUCAAAGGAACUCAAAUUUAUGAUUCCACAAAAGGUACUUUCGUAGACUUGUCAGUUCUUGACGUGAUGCAGAUAUUUGGCAGAGCUGGUCGGCCGCAGUUCAAACAUCCUGGAUAUGGUUAUCUUCUUACCACACACGACAAAUUAUCAAUUUAUGUUUCGGCGAUGACUCAACAGCACCCGAUUGAAUCAAAAUUCGCGCAAAAUGUUAUCGAUAACCUCAAUGCCGAAAUAUCUCUCGGCACGGUAACAACUGUCGAUGAAGCUGUUCAAUGGUUAGGUUACACUUAUCUGUUCGUACGCAUGCGCAAGAAUCCUUACGUCUAUGGAAUGAAGCUCGACGAACCUGUUCGUGAUCCACUACUUGGGAAACGUCGUCGCGAUCUUGUUAUCGAUGCAGCAAAGAUAUUGCAAAAAAAUCAAAUGAUUACAUUCAUAGAGAAUACCGGAAGUCUUUCUGCAAAAGAUCUCGGUCGUGUUGCAUCGAAUUUCUAUGUCAGAUAUAGAAGCAUAGAAACGUUUAACGCACGCAUGAAACCAAGGAUGACUGAGUCUGAAGUGCUGGCAAUGAUCAGUCAUAGUAGCGAAUUUGAUCAGAUAAAGUCAAGAGAAGAAGAAUCAAUGGAAUUGGGAAACUUGCAAAAGAUGUUCUGUCCAUAUGAUAUUAGAGAAACAACAGAUGCAACGCCUGGAAAAGUGAACAUUCUACUCCAAUCCUACAUAUCUCAAACCAAAUUAGAUGACUUUUCUCUUAUAUCCGAUUUAGCCUACGUAUCCCAAAAUGCGGCAAGAUUAGUGAGAGCUCUCUUUGAAAUAUCCCUUAACCGUUGUUGGAGUGAAACCACGAUCAUAUUACUGAAUAUCGCCAAAUGCAUCGAGAAACGAAUGUGGGAAGACAACCAUCCCUUACGACAGUUUCAUCUACCUGAAGAGAUAAUCAAGAAACUGGAAGCACACGGUCAUCAACACACAAUCGAAGAAUUACGGGAUAUGGCCCCCAAUGAAUUAGGUCAACUAGUGCGUCACGUAAGAAUGGGACGAACAAUUUCAAGGGCUCUAGAUCAGUUUCCGUCUGUUGAUGUCGAAGCUGACAUUGUGCCCAUUACUAAUACUGUGCUCAGAGUAACUGUCACAGUCACUCCGACUUUUGAGUGGAACGACAGAAUUCAUGGAAUGAUUGAGCCAUGGUGGAUAUGGGUUACCGACCCGGAUAGUACUGAAAUUCAUCAUUCUGAAUACUUUCUGAUCGGUAAGCGAACUAUUGGAGAAUCUCGGAGAAUCGGCUUUACUAUUCCCAUCCGUGAUCCGUUGCCAUCGCAAAUAUAUAUACACGCCGUGUCCGAUAGAUGGCUGGGGGCAGAAACAAUGAUACCUGUUUCCUUUCAACAUUUGAUUUUACCGGAAAGGUACCCGGAAUUCACUGAGCUGCUAGAUCUGCAACCAUUACCAAUUACAGCGCUGCAAGAUGAAGUAUUGGAGAAAAUAUGUGCCGAGAGAUUUCUACACUUUAAUCCCAUUCAAACUCAGAUAUUUCAUACAGUGUAUUAUAAUGAUGUUAAUGUCUUGAUUGGAGCACCAACUGGAUCAGGAAAGACGGUCGCGGCCGAGCUGGCUAUGUGGUGGGCGUUCCGUGAGAAACCUGGCUCUAAAGUGGUCUACAUUGCUCCUCUUAAAGCCCUUGUCCGAGAGCGAGUGGACGAUUGGCGCAAAAGGCUAACAAUCCCGAUGAACAAACGCCUCGUCGAACUGACUGGCGAUGAAACGCCUGAUACGCGCACUAUGAAAAAUGCAGAUAUUAUUAUCACUACUCCCGAGAAAUGGGAUGGUAUAAGUCGUAGCUGGAAGAAUAGAAGUUACGUACAGGCUGUUUCAUGUGUUAUAAUUGACGAAAUUCAUCUCUUGGGUGGAGAUCGUGGCCCCGUAUUAGAAGUCAUAGUAUCCAGAAUGAACUAUAUUGGAAUGCAACAAGACAGAAAAGUCCGUAUUGUCGGAUUGUCCACUGCCUUAGCCAAUGCUUACGAUCUAUCAGAAUGGCUAGGUAUCAAUGAAAUCGGGUUGUUCAAUUUUCGACAUUCUGUGCGUCCCGUUCCAUUGGAAAUUUAUAUUGAAGGGUUUGCUGGAAAGCAUUAUUGUCCUCGAAUGGCAUCUAUGAAUAAACCUACGUUCAUGGCAAUUAAAACACACUCGCCCACCCAAUCAGUUAUUGUAUUCGUAUCUUCAAGACGGCAAACGCGCUUAACUGCUCAAGAUCUUAUUACUUACUGUGGAAUGGAGGAUAACCCAAUAAGAUUUCGGUAUAUUGAUGAUGAUGAGUUGGCCAUGGUUGCGGCAAAAGUUAAAGAUAAUAGUUUGAGAAUGUCGCUUCAGUUUGGAAUUGGAUUGCAUCACGCUGGAUUGGUCGAGACCGAUAGGAAGAUAGUCGAGGAACUGUUUGUGACUCAGAAGAUUCAGAUACUCGUGGCUACGAGUACGCUGGCGUGGGGAGUUAAUUUUCCGGCCCAUUUGGUCGUAAUUAAAGGUACCGAAUAUUAUGAUGCGAAGACAAGGGGAUAUGUUGAUUUCCCUAUUACAGAUAUAUUGCAGAUGAUGGGGAGAGCAGGUCGUCCACAAUAUGAUACUACCGGAAUAGCUUGCAUAUUUGUUCAAGACGGAAAGAAAAACUUCUACAAAAACUUCCUUCAUGAGCCAUUCCCCGUAGAAUCCAGUCUUCAUCUUACUCUACACGAUCACUUCAAUGCAGAAAUAGCUAGUGGAACAAUAUCAUCUAAACAGGAUGCAAUGGACUAUCUCACCUGGACGUACUUUUAUCGACGCCUAUUCAGAAACCCCAGCUAUUAUGGCCUCGAAGAAGUAGACCACGCGGCAAUAAACAUGUUCUUGUCCAAGCUAAUAGAAAACACGAUAAAUGACCUUGCUAACGCUGGAUGUGUCGAAGUUAUUGAUGACCUGGAGCUUGCGACUACGUCUUAUGGCCUAUUUGCUAGUUACUAUUAUUUGAGUCAUAAGACUGUCGGAAGAUUUAAAGAAAGAUUGAAGAGGGAUUUGGGUAUUAAAGAGUUGCUGGUACUUUUGUGUGAUGCGGAAGAGUAUUCGGAAUUGCCAGUUAGACAUAAUGAAGACGUGCUGAAUAGAGAAAUGCAAAAGGACGUCCGAUGGACUGUCGGCGCAGAUACACCUUAUGACAGUCCAUCGGCUAAGGCGUUUCUAUUAUUACAAGGACAUAUGGAUAGAAUGAAGUUGCCCAUUGCUGAUUAUAUUACAGAUACAGUGUCAGUGCUCGAUCAAGCGGUGAGAAUAUCACAGGCUAUGAUUGACAUGGCAGCAGAGAAUGGGUUAUUAGCAACGACACUUAACAUAAUGAAUAUGGUUCAAUGUUUAAAACAAGCGCGAUGGCCAGAUGACUCUUCGCUACUUACCAUUCCUACUGUUGAUCGCGAGUCACUGGAUGAUAUCCGUGAUAAGAAUCGACAUUUUGCUUGUCUAGCAGAAUUAACAAACCUACGGGAUAACGAAAUUCAAGAGAUAUUUGGGAAAGUCCAUAAUGCCGAUCCCGACAAAAUUCUCAAAUAUCUUCGAAACCUUCCAUUACUCACUAUAUCCAUCAGCGUCCCACAAUCGUUCACUACUUCCACACUGGCAUCUCUUCGCAUAACUCUUGAUCAUCCAUCACAUAAACAUUCAUCUUCACCGCCGCGUGUUCACGCGCCCAAUUUCCCUAAACCACAAUAUGAAUCAUGGUGGAUAGUAUUAGGCGACGCAAAGACUGAUGAGUUGAUCGCAAUGAGGAGAGCAGUGUUGAGAGGAAAAGAGGCAAGAGUAAAGAUAGAUUUUUUUACACCAGACAGAGAGGGAGAAUAUAAGUACAGUGUGUUUUUGAUAUGUGACGGGUAUUUGGGGAUUGAUCAGCAGGAGGAAAUUACAGUUGUUGUUACUAAUGCUAAAGCGUGA